CGCAGCGUUCUAACGGGCAAGAAGAUCAAGUUGAAAGUUCAUAAGGAUGCCAGAGAUCUCGAGAUGGACGCCAAUAGGCAAAACUUGUUGCAGUUCUUGAAUUCGACAUGCGAAUGAGACAGUCAUGUAGUGUUACGGGCACCAUUCGAUGUUCUCUAGCACAGUUUUCUGCUUUAUCUUACAGGCUCUCAGAAUGCCGGCAAGCCCGCGCACGGAAUAUUACAUAAGCACCCCUUUCUCCAAUGACGACUUCAGUUUUGAUCUUUACUUGUCUCCUUUGGACUAUGCCUCAUCAUCGUCAAAACCCUCGACUUCAGCCCACAAUGAUGCUCGAUCCACUCAAUGCUGUUAGGGAAGAUCUCAAGGAGAAUGGUAUCAUUCCAGACGUUAUUCCUGUUGACCCUCCUUUCCAUCCCAAGGCUCUGCUCGUCGUGACCUUCCCCACUAGCCAAGAGGCUCUUCUUGGGAACACACUCACAAAAACGGACACCGCUGACGAACCAACUGUUGCGUUCACUCCAAUGCAGGUGCCAGAUCAGACCGAUGAACCCACCUAUACGCUCGUCAUGACAGACCCAGACGCACCAUCCAAGGAAAACCCCAAAUUCAGAGAGUGGCGGCACUGGGUGGUCACUGGCGUGAAAGCUCCUCCGACGUCGGCCAUUGAGACAGACAAUCUUGAUGCACAGCUCACCAAACCCGCUGUGACGCCCUAUUAUCCUCCCACCCCUCCCCCGGGAACUGGCAAGCAUCGUUAUGUACUAUUGUUAUACCAGGAGCCUAGUGCGGACUUUUCGAUCCCUGCCGAUGCCCCGGAACGCAAGAACGAGCCUGUAGACAGAAAGAACUGGAAUGCAGCGAGGUUUGCUGACAAGCAUGGGCUGAAGCUAGUUGGGGUCAAUUAUUUUGUUGUCGUGGGGGAAUAAGAUGUCCCAAGCGAGGCGGCUUUCCUCGAAUGGUCGAGGUGAUGCUGGACUGUACUAUAUUGAUUGAGAUAUUUUACUUUCAAAAGUUUCGACGUAACAGGCUUCACUGCGAUUCA